AUGGCGCUGGAGGCCAUGCUGCUCGUGCUGCAAAUCAUGGUGAACAUCGACUGCCUCAGGAUCUUCGUCGUCGCCGCGACGGCUGCUGUGCCCACCGAGUUCGAUGCGGCCAACACCAGCGACUCUCACGAUUUCUUCAAUCUGCUGGCGCCUCCAAGUUAUGUGUUGUGUGUCUGGAUGCAACUCUUCAUGUGCUUCAUGUUUGGAGUCUGGCUUGGACCCAAAUCUACACUUGGCAGCUUCAUAGCACGAUACUCCACUCCAGCGUCUCGUGAGCCUCUGUUCUUGAGCUUAGCACUUGGUGUCAUCUCCAUUUCAGCCAUACUAUGGGAUUCCCUAAUGCUACUAGAGAGAAGAUGCUUGGCUCCCAUCGCACUAUUCUUCGUGUGGUGCGGGUCUCUUCCUUUCUACCUGAUACUAAAUCGUCCACAUCGAGUUCCCAAUACGCUCUUGGACGUUAUAAUCUUCACUCUUGGGGAAUUGUCCGUGCGUCUCUACUUCACGUGGCUCACUGGGGCUGUUAUCUUUGGGAUUCUUGAUGCACUUCAGUAUCUACACGGCGACUUCUUCAGCUACAUCGUCUAUGUUCAGCUCAUGGGAGCGAUGUUGGCGUUGGCACUUGGAGUUUACAUGCAGAGUCGUGACCCUGUUGUGGCACUGAUGACUACUUGGUUUCUCGUUGGACUUGCAUACAGGAAAUGUACCUUUGAAGGCCACGCCAAGGAGACGUUCGAGAAACUACAGACAGUAGCUCUGGUGAUAAAGCCCGUGUUUCUACUGGUGUUGGUCGUUGAUGCUGUCAAAAGCUUUCGUCCCUUUCUUCAAAAUUUUGUGCGCGAUACCGAGGGCUCGUCCAGAAGCGAUGAACAUGUAGUCAUUGCAGUGUAUGGGACGGUGUGA